GCCCUGGAAGACAAAAUGCAAACACAGUGACGAGUAGAACAUGCUUGUCAGUGCCUGUGAGGGAGUUUUAGGCCGGGAAAGGCCAGGUCGGACCUCCCAGAUCCGGAGUGCUGCGGGGGCCGCUGUGCCCUUCUCACUUGGCGGAUGGGAGGGUGUUAGCUCUGUGGCUGGUUUGGGUGAAAACCACAGCUGAACUCUCUCAUCCCGCAGUUCUCCAGUUUGCACAAGACAGACAGACAUUGCCGCGGGAAAGAUGGAUGUGAGAUGCAAGCAGAAAGUAGCCAGCCCCUGUAGACUCUUGCUUGGUUUUAUUGUUGUUUUGUUUUGAACUCUGCAGAGUGGAUUGGCCCUCGUCCUGGAACCUCUGUCCUCUGGUCCUAGACAGAAGCAGAAGAAAGUCUCCUAUCUGAGCCAGCCUCUGGAUGUCCUGCUGGGGGGAGCGGUGAUGGAAGAGGUGAUUUUCUCAAGUCCUCUGGGCUGCGGGCUGAGGCAAGGGGAGUAGGAUGGACAGCGUGUCCAUCUGUCAGCAAGCCAUCCCCUGAGUUCCCACUGGCCAUGGGUGGCAGGGCAGUGGGAAGAAGAGGGAAAGGAGAGGAGGCCCCAUCCACUGAAAGUACCAAGUGCAGUAAGUGGGCUAUUUCAGUGGGGGUGGGGGCGUGAUGUGCAGCGCGAGGGAGCUGGGUGCCUCUGAGUCAGUCCUGUUAGGCUAGCCGUGGGAAAGGCUCGUCGGCGUUUAGACAAGCAGCCCUUCUGUGAUUAUCUCAGCUUCACUGCGGAGGACUCUGAAGAAAAAAUGGCUUACUCUGAGGAGCAAGGAGGUGUCCCCUGUGGUUUCAUCCGCCAAAAUUCCGGCAACUCCAUUUCCUUGGACUUUGAGCCCAACACAGAGUACUGGUUUGUGGAGCAAUUAGAAGAACGCUACAAAUGUGCCUUCUGCCACUCCGUGCUGCACAACCCCCACCAGACAGGCUGUGGGCACCGCUUCUGUCAACACUGCAUCCUGUCCCUGAGAGAAUUAAAUGCAGUCCCACUCUGUCCUGUAGAUAAGGAGGUUAUCAGAUCUCAGGAGGUGUUCAAAGACAAUUGCUGCAAAAGGGAAGUCCUCAAUUUAUAUGUGUACUGCAAAAAUGCUCCUGGAUGUAAUGCCAAGAUUAUUCUGGGACGCUACCAGGACCACCUCCAGCAGUGCCUGUUUCAAGCCGUGCAGUGUUCUAAUGAGAACUGUCAGGAGCAAGUCCUUCGGAAAGAUCUGAAAGAACAUUUGAGCGCACGUUGCCAUUUUCGAGAGGAAAAGUGCCUUUAUUGCAAAAAAGAUGUGGUAGUAAUCAAUCUGCAGUAUCAUGAGGAAAACCUGUGUCCCGAGUACCCAGUAUCUUGUCCCAACAAGUGUUUGCAGAUUUUUCCAAGAACUGAGGUGGAUGAGCACCUCGCUGUGUGUCCUGAAGCUGAGCAAGACUGUCCCUUCAAGCACUACGGCUGUACUGUGAAGGAUAAACGGGGGGUGCUGCAGGAGCACGAGCAUUCAGCCUUACGGGACCACAUGCUUCUGGUUUUAGAAAAGAACUUCCAGUUAGAAGAACAGAUUUCUGAUUUAUAUAAGAGCCUAGAGCAGAAAGAAAGUAAAAUCCAGCAGCUAGCAGAAACUGUAAAGAAAUUCGAAAAGGAGUUCAAGCAGUUUGCACAGCUGUUUGGCAAAAAUGGAAGCUUCCUCUCAAACAUCCAGGCUCUCUCCAGUCACAUUGACAAGUCAGCUUGGCUAGAAGCUCAAGUGCGCCAGUUACUGCAGAUGGCCAGCCAGCAACAAAGUAAAUUUGAUCUGAGGGCUUUGGUGGAAGCGAUUGAUACAGUGAAACAGAAAAUUACUCUGCUAGAAACCAAUGAUCAAAGACUAGUUGUUCUGGAAGGGGAGACUAGCAAACACGAUGCCCACAUCAAUAUCCACAAAGCCCAACUGAAUAAAAAUGAAGAGCGAUUUAAGCUGCUAGAAGGGGCCUGCUAUAACGGCAAGCUCAUCUGGAAGGUGACAGACUAUAAGAUGAAGAAGAGGGAGGCGCUGGACGGGCACACGGUGUCCAUCUUCAGCCAGCCCUUCUACACCAGCCGGUGCGGCUACCGGCUCUGUGCUAGAGCCUACCUGAACGGGGACGGCUCCGGGAAGGGCACACACCUGUCGCUGUACUUCGUGGUGAUGCGAGGGGAGUUUGACUCCCUGUUGCAGUGGCCGUUCAGGCAGAGGGUGACCCUGAUGCUUUUGGACCAGAGCGGCAAAAAGAACCACAUUAUGGAGACCUUCAAGGCCGACCCCAGCAGCAGUAGCUUUAAAAGACCGGACGGGGAAAUGAACAUUGCGUCUGGCUGUCCCCGCUUCGUGGCACACUCCACUUUGGAGAAUGCCAAGAACACCUACAUCAAAGACGACACCAUGUUCCUGAAAGUGGCCGUGGAUUUAACCGACCUGGAGGACCUCUAG